UUUUCCAUCUUUCACAAACCUCUUUUCAAAUUAUCGCAAGAAAAACCAAAGACUCAUCAGAAUGGGGUCGUCCAGUGUGAAAUUGACCAGAGUUUUGCGUUCUGCUGCUCGUGAGAAUCUAAAGACGCCACAAGAGCCAGUCUUAUCAGAUCUGAUUAAUACGGCCAGAGCGGGUCAACCAACCCAGAAAGCCACGAGCAUUGAGCAAGAUGCACUUUUGCCACUAGCACCAAUGAAGCGCAAAGCCCAUGAAAUCGCAGAAGAAGAUAUUUUCUAUCAAGCUGAGAAGGAGAGAAAGGUGAAGAAACCGAAAGUCACAAAUGAGGAAAAACGACUUCGCAGGUUCAGACCCAAGCCACCUCAGUCGUUCCAUGAGAUCUACGACCGGGCUCUUUCUCAGCGCUUUUACGUGCUUAAUCGAGUCAGAGGAGGAACCCGAGAUUGCCCCGAGGAAGAUGUUGAGAUGACAGGAUCGACUGGAAACAUCUACACUGUUCAUGUUGGAAAACAGCCGCGAUGUACGUGCCCUCACCAUGAGAAGGGUCAUCAGUGCAAGCACAUCCUCUACGUUAUGAAGCAAGUUCUGAACGCGCCUUUUAAUCUCGUCUACCAACUCGCGCUUCUGAGCACUGAACUUCAAGCAAUCUUUGCCUCAGCACCUCCCAUUUCGGCACCUGGACAAGCAGAGUCCGACAAGCGCAAGCCCAUCGAUGGCGAUUGCCCUAUCUGCUACUGUGAGCUUGACGAGAAGAACCAAGAGUCUAUCGUUUGGUGCGCUGCCGCCUGUGGUCAGAACAUCCACGAGGAGUGUUUCAGAAUGUGGGCGCAGACAAAGGCUGGCGGGAAAGUGACUUGCCCCAUGUGUCGCAGUGUCUGGAAGGGUGACGAGAAGCUUGUUGCAAAAGUUCAGAAGGAUAAAGGCGCCGUGGAGGAGGGAUAUGUCAAUGUUGCGGACCAGCUUGGCAUCAGCCGUGAGAGAGAUGAGUCGAGCUAUUCGCGAUGGUAUGGAAUUCACAACAGACGUCGAGACCCGAACUGGGAGGGUAACAGUUCUUGGCAUGGAGGGUGGUGAAGACCGUCGUCGUACGGUACAGACGCGAAACGAGCGGUUCAUUCGCUCUAUUAUGCGACAGGACCGACGCCGUGUUCAUUUUUCCUUCGUCGAAAAGUAUGAUGGCAGGAGUUUUGCUCUUUAUUUGUAAGGCGUUAGCGGUAGCAUGGGUCACACAGAUUCGUUGCAGUCACUGUAGUUGAUGGCACUCUGGCGAUAGAUAAUUUCAGUGGUGGCGGAGACUCUCGAUAAUGUAUGUAUUUUAUUGCAGAUCGAGGUCAUAUGUAGUCCUGCUCUUGAUGAGCACCCCUGAAUGGAGCGGAUCUGGUCGAAGUAUACAUGUUCGAGGACAAACUGAAUGCGGAUAAUGCCCUGGUGAAAGCGUCCAGAGAUAUGUUAUUCCGGGA